UUUCGUUUGCACUUGAUCAGUUGAAGGUGGCGCUUUGCGCUGAACGGUUCGUACCUCCACCAGAGCUCUCACAGCACUGCUUGUAAUAGCAGAUGGCAAAGCGGUCAAGUUCAGCUCCUUUUCAGAACAAAAUAAUUAGGUUUUAGGUCGUGCGAACUUCAAUGAAAUUUGCCAUUUUUGUCGUUUCACUUGUAUUGCAAAAAAUAAAAUAAAAGUGUUCAGUGUGCCUAAUUAAAUUAUAAAUACUCAAGAACUUGUCAAAGUGCCAAAUAUUAGGCGCACAGAAAAGGUGUGCUUUUUAGUGUUCACCGAGAAUUAUCAACAAAAUAAAUAUAUAAUUCAAAGGUCGCGAGAAAAAUCAUAAAAAUAAAUAUUAUAAUAGGCAAAGGAAAAAUAAUAACAACAAAAGUGCUUAUGUAAAGCUCUCAGCUGCGAAUUACGACCCACGAAUCACGAAUCGCGAUCGUAAAUCGAUUCUCCGAGAGAUUUAAAUAAAAACAAUUCGCGCACUAGCUAUCAUAAAUCGGUGAAUUAUUUAUACAAGAAAAAUCAAAGAUGAGCGCCGGCGCAGCUUUGGAACUGGCCGUGGCGCAGCGCAAGGAGCAGGCGACCGUGGGCAGUCUGUUGGGCAGGCGAUAUGCAGAGCUGCUGCAUGCCGAGAAGCACACGGACUGUGUGUUCCAUGUGUGCGAGCAGCAGCUGAAAGGACACAAGCUGAUACUCAGCGCCGCCAGUCCGGUCUUCGAGGCCAUGUUCUAUGGGCCGCUGCAGGAGCUGGAACCCGAGAUCGAGAUACAUGACAUCAGUGCGCCAAUCUUCAAAGUUCUGCUGGAGUACAUCUACACAGGCAGCGUGGACUAUGAGUGCAUGCAGCUGGAGGCGACCAUCGAGUUGUACUAUGCCGCCGAGAAAUAUCUGCUGGAUCAGCUCAUAGCCGAUGCUCUGCUCGCUAUAACGCGCAAACUGCGCUUCUCCAACGUCCUGCCGGCGCUGGAGCUGAGCGUCUGCAUGGGACUGGACAGUUUGUUGGACGUCUGCAUGUCGUUCUUCAUGCGCUGCUGUGUGAACAACGAUCAGUACAUGAGCUAUCUGAAGGAGCACUAUGUGCACGUGUCCAAGGAGUGCGUCAAGAGCAUCAUUGCUGCAUGCAAGGAACCGCACAAGUUGCUGCUCUGGUAUGUCUAUGAGUGGACGCAGCAGGAGUGCGAUGAUGCAGGGCUCGGAGAUGCCGCCAACUGGCAGCAGGUCUCGGGAGCUGCGGAUCUAGCCGACAGUGCAGCACCUACGCCACCUGCCACGCUCGUCGAGCGCUGCUACUACAAGGCCUGCCGCCCAUUCACCGUUGAUGCCGAGUCGCAUGUCUGGCGGCUGGGCUUGAAGUGCUCUAGAUUCAUCUCUGUGCUGGGGUUGGUGCUCAACAGCCGGCUGGCACCCAAUCUCACCUGCCAUGUGGGCUAUGUGCCGCAAGAGUAUCGCGAAUCUCUGCGCAUUGAUCUGUAUCCCGAUGGCGGCGACCAGCCCGUGUGGACUCACAUCAUCCAGAAUCAAACAACGAAAUACAAUUGUGAUUUGCAUCUGAGCUGGAGUCGCGACGAGGCCUGCGUCCUGACACCGGAGGUGCAUUACGUGCUGCAAUUACGCUGGGAGAGCAGCGCCUACGGUGCCGAGUAUCCUUGCAGCCUGCAAUCCUGCCUGGUGGAUGGGAUUCACUUCAUCGACGGGGACAGCUUCAGCGGCUGCCUGCUAAAGGGACUGCGCUAUGUGAAUCUAGUUUAGUUACAGUCGGUUUAGAUCAUUUAAUUCGUAAAUAUUGUGUAUUUAUUGCCUUUAAGUUAAUGUACGAGCGAUUGAGUUCAAUAAACUGUGAAAAAAAAAAAGAAAAAAUACAAUACAAAAGAUAUUCAUAUCAAACAGACUCGAAGCCGGUUUCUCACCUGCUAG